AUGAAGUUCAAUUCUUGCUGCGAUAGAGGUAAGCCUUCCAAACCAGACGGAGCAGCAGACGGAGCUCUGCGCUUCCCGCUGCGGGAGCGGGUCGGGGUUAGGGCACCCCGGGCUGCCCGGGCUUGUUCGGCGCUUCCCGGUGUCGUUUUGGUGCAGCGGUCCCCGUGUUUGCGCCAUGCAGAGGGAGCCGUCGGCGUCUUGCACAGCGCAUCCCUGAGCAGCACUGUGUGCAGGUCGCCGCAGAGGAAGGCAGACCUGAGCUCCCGGGAAGGUGCCGGGCUGCCCGACCUGCCACGCAGCGGCCCUGGACGUCACUCUUUGACAGGGUUGUUACAGUGGUACGCAGGCACCUUUAGAGAUCCAAUGAUGAUGCAGCCCCCCGAGUGGUUUAAGUCAUUUAUAUUUUGUGAAGCCUUCUUACAAUUGCCUUUCUUUCCCAUUGCAGCAUAUGCCUUCUUAAAAGGUGGCUGCAAGUGGAUAAGGACUCCCGCAAUUAUCUACUCGAGCCACGUAGCUACAACUCUGCUGCCCAUCCUUGCUCAUAUCCUGUUCCACGAUUUCUCGAAAUCUGAGCACUCGGGUCCGCAGACUCAGCGCGAACGCCUGAUUCUCUUAUCUAUCUAUGCACCAUAUUUGCUGAUUCCGCUUCUGAUUCUCUUCACAAUGCUGUUCAGCCGCCAGUACAACCAGGUGGAGAAAAGGAAAAGGAAGUAGGGCAGCU